AUGGCGGCAUCCAACCCCUCGAGCAGGGCCUACUUCGAACAGCAGCGCGAGGCGCUGAUUGGGGAGAUAGCAAUGGAUAUCAUACUGACCCAUUCCUCCCCGGAACCCAAGCAGAGCUUCGAGCAGGUCCUGGCAAACAUCAACAAGCUGAACCGGAACCUCGAGGCCGUCAUCACGGUCGGCAACGAGUUCUCGUCGGUCGAGGCGCUGUGGAGCACCUUCGAAAACGUCAUGGCCAAGGAGGAGGGUGAGGGUGAUGAGGCAGCGGAGGGAAAGGUAGAGGAGGCAGGCGGUGGUGACGACGAAGAGGGAGAACGGGGCCAGGACGAGAUCAAAGUAGACGACCAGGAACAACAAGACCAUUGA